GCAUGCCAAUGCUAUCACCACAACUGAGGAAACACUGAGGCCUGCAGAAUGAUUAUGAUGCUUCAACUCAUCAAAAGCAUGUAAAUGCACCUUGGAUAAAGAAAGAGUAUACCCUCGGGGAGAAACGAUGAUCCUUGCGCAGAUGCGCCAAAGUGAUACCCUGGAGGUUGCAUGCUGAAGCCCCCCUGGCCUGAAAAAAAUGGACUGUUUACACGCAUGCUGACGAGUGUGAGCCUAGCUUCAGUCCGUUGGGACUUGGAAGCCGAAUAUGCAUGCAAGCAUCAGAACUGGUCCCAGACUAUCCUAUCUAGCUCCAAACAGGCCGAGUCUGAUUGCGUGGUAUGCUAAGGCGCAAUUUAUCUCAUAAAAGGAGAAGCAUGGGGCUCAGCAGUCAGCACACUCAACACAAUCGCCAAAUUAAGCAAGGGAUGGCGUGAGCCAUGCAUCUAACCUUGCAGCAGCAAACACCAGCUCUGGUUGUAAUGCUCUACCUGAAACUAAUUGUAGUCUUCCUGGUGAUGGCAUUGGCAAAACCUGCGGGUGGUGCCAUGUCCCUGGCGCUCCCAGGCUGCCCUGACAGGUGCGGUGAUGUGCCCAUCCCUUACCCCUUUGGCAUCGGCGCACAGUGUGCCGCGGUCAGCCUCAGCAGCUUCUUCAAUCUCGACUGCGAAAACACCUCCCACCCGCUGCGGCCGACGGUUGGGGGGCCAGCCGAUGUGGCCGUCAACGUUGCUGAUAUCUCGCUGGAGCGCGGAGAGAUGAGGGUGCUCAUCCCUGUCAGCUACAUCUGCUUCACAUCAAGUGCAACCGUAUCGGCGAGCAAUAACAACACCGUGGGGUUCGGCCUGGAGGACACGCCGUUCCUCCCAUCCCCUGGGCGCAACCGCUUUAUGGUUAUUGGCUGCAAUACUCUGGGUCUUGUUGGUGGUUUCCGUGGAGGCACGAGCCAGUACCUUGCUGGCUGCUACUCCUACUGCGAUGGUGCCAGUGGUGCAUCAGACGACGGAGCACCAUGCACUGGGACGGGCUGCUGUGAGGCAUCCAUCCCGACCAACCUCACCGCCUUCAAUGUGGCGUUUCCGAUUAACAGUAGCAGUGUGUGGGGAUUCAAUCCAUGCUUCUAUGCCAUGGUCGCUGAGGUCGGAUGGUACAGGUUCCAGCGUCGUGACCUCGCUGGCGAGCUUGGGUUCAUCAACAACAGGGCAAAGGACGGUGCACCUGUCAUCGUGAACUGGGCGGUUAGGAACGGAUCAUGCCUGGAGCAAAGAAACUAUGCAUGUGUCAGUGCAAACAGUUACUGCGAGAGUGCGAGCAAUGGACCUGGGUACUUGUGCCAUUGUUCCCCUGGUUACGAGGGUAACGCCUACCUGAACAACGGUUGUCAAGAUAUAGAUGAAUGCAUGCUGCGUGAGCAGGACCCCAAAUACGAAGAGUUGUAUCCUUGCAGGAACGGAGUCUGUCUUAACACUCCAGGAGGCUAUGAUUGUAAAUGCAAGAAAAGAACCAAGUCUGAUGGUACAAAGUUCGGAUGCCGACCUCUGUAUUCUCGAGAUGAACAGCUGUUGAUAGGCUUGAGCGUUUCUGCCGUUGUGAUAAUAUCCUUGGCAUGCUUUUUGGCUAUGCAAUUACAAAGAAAAAAGCACAGGAAGGAGAAAGACGAGUAUUUCAAACAAAAUGGAGGGCUCAUGUUAUAUGAUGAGAUGAGGUCAAGGCAGGUUGACACCGUCCGCAUACUCACAGAAAAGGAGAUCAAGAUAGCCACUGACAACUACAACGAAGAUCGAGUUCUUGGAUGCGGCGGCCAUGGAAUGGUCUACAAGGGUACUUUGGAUGACCUCAGAGAGGUUGCUAUAAAGAAGUCCAAAGUGAUUGAUGAUGAUUGCAGGGACGAGUUUGUAAAUGAGAUCAUAAUCUUGUCGCAGAUCAACCACCGGAACAUCGUGAGGUUAUUAGGCUGUUGCCUGGAUAUAGAUGUCCCAGUGUUGGUAUAUGAGUUCGUCUCCAAUGGGACACUAUAUGAGUUUCUUCAUGGUGGGCCUGAUCACAAUCUGUCACCAAUUCCACUUGAUCUCCGCCUGAAGAUCGCCACACAAUCAGCAGAAGCUCUUGCUUACCUGCACUCAUCGACAUCCCGCACAAUUUUGCACGGGGAUGUCAAAUCCGCCAACAUUCUGCUCGACGAUCAGCGCCACGCCAAGGUUGCAGACUUUGGAGCAUCGGCGCUCAAGUCCAUGGACGAAAGUGAGUUCAUCAUGCUCGUCCAGGGAACCCUCGGCUACCUCGACCCUGAGAGCUUCAUCAGCCAUGUCCUCACCGACAAGAGUGAUGUGUACAGCUUUGGUGUCGUUCUCCUCGAGCUGUUGACGAGGAAGAGGGCUCUGUAUGCCGAUAGGUCCUCCAAGGAGAAGAGAUCCUUGUCCCAUAGUUUCCUCCUGAUGUUCGACCAGAACAUGCACCUGAAGAUGCUCGACUCUGAGAUCGCAGAGGAUGCCGCCGCUAUGGUGGUCGUUGAGAAGCUCGCGGCCCUCGCCGUGCACUGCCUGAGCGUGAGAGGAGACGACAGGCCGACGAUGAAGGAAGUCGCGGAGCGGCUGCAGGUGCUGUGGAGGAUCCAGAUGCGCCAGGCCGGUGAUGGUGACAAGGAUGAUGACUUCGGUGGAGGAUCCCUGUCGCCGGUGGUUCUUCCUUCGGCCGAGGUGACAGAUGGGAGCUUGGAGACGUGAGAACUGGCGCUGGGCGUUUAUGUUCUUGUAUCGUUCGUACUUUGUACGAACAGUUUGUGUGUUUGUGGGAUUUGUAUGGUGUGUUUAUGUGAUACUCUGUAACGCCCGGAUAAUCAUGCUACAGUAAUCCCUCGCUAAUCAUGCCACGUCAUCCCGAUUA